CCUGCAGAUCCCCUCCCCCUUCCCCACCCAGGCCCGCCCGCCCGCUCGCCUGCCCGCCUUUCUGUCUCCUCUCUCCCUCCGUACUGGACCUCCCGGGUCCAUUUCCGGGCUCCUGGUAUUUGGUAUCGAUCAGGGCCGCGGGGCGCGGAGCAGGUGGCUGCAGCGGGACAGCUGGGCCGCCAGUCUGGAUCGCCGGGCCGUCAUCGCAGUCUUUGUCGUCAACCCCUGUCCGCCGGCCCGCUCGGGCUCCCGGCCGGCGCACUGUGCCCGCCAGACUUUGCGCCGCGUUAGGCGCUGCUGGUGAGCUCCGGGCCGGCUCGGUGCCCGCGCGGCUGGGAAGUGAGCGGCCGGAGGCAGCCAGGACCCUGACCCGACAUGGCCGAGGUCAGCAUUGACCAGUCCAAGCUGCCAGGAGUCAAGGAAGUGUGCCGGGAUUUUGCUGUCCUGGAGGACCACACCCUGGCUCACAGCUUGCAGGAACAAGAGAUUGAGCAUCAUUUGGCAUCGAACAUUCAGCGGAACCGUUUGGUCCAGCAUGAUCUCCAGAUUGCUAAACAGCUCCAAGAGGAAGAUCUGAAAGCCCAGGCUCAGCUCCAAAAGCGCUACAAAGAUCUUGAACAACAAGACUGUGAAAUUGCUCAGGAAAUUCAGGAGAAGCUGGCUAUUGAGGCAGAGAGACGGCGCAUUCAGGAGAAGAAGGAUGAGGAUAUAGCUCGCCUUUUGCAAGAAAAGGAGUUGCAAGAAGAGAAAAAGCGAAAGAAACACAUUCCAGAGUUUUCUGGAGCCAGUGCUUAUGGAGAUAGUUACUUUUAUGAAGAUGGAGACCAGCCAAGGUCAAGGAGGGCCAGGGAAUUGGGUUCUGGAUACUCCAGGUCUUGUAGACUACAGAAUGAUGGAAAGACUGUGAAGCAGAAGAAAGAGAAACCAAGACAUCCACUAGAGAACUUAGAAGAGUUGGAAAAACAUUGUUCACCAGAGAGAUCCCUGUCUUCCUCCAGCUGGGGCAAAGUGAGAGAUGAUGCCCAAAUUACCAGCGAGCAGCAUGAAAGAAAAAAGCCUAGUCAGGAGAAGCUCCGAAGACCUCCGCUUCCUAAGAUCAAUGGUGAUGUGUUUCUGAGCACUCAGUGUGAUGACUGGAAGCCUAAUGGUAGCCAUGGAACUCGUAAUUGGGGAAAACAGUCCCAACACCAAGAUCGACUUUCACCAAAGUCCUCACAGAAAGCAGGGCUUCACUGCAAGGAAGCUGUAUAUGGGAGGGACCAUGGGCAAGGUGAGCACAGAGAAAGGAGACACAGGCACAGGACUCCUCCCUUCUCAGAGAGUGAGGAGCAGCACCAUCACCAUGACACAGGAACGAAGCCACGGGUAGUGAAAGAUGCUGUCUGCCCUCCUGCAUCACGAGUCACCCACAGGGAUCAGGAAUGGUAUGAUGCUGAAAUUGCCAGAAAACUGCAAGAAGAAGAACUUUUGGCUACCCAGGUGGACCUACGAGCAGCUCAAGUAGCCCAGGAUGAGGAAAUUGCUCGACUUCUAAUGGCAGAAGAAAAGAAAGCUUAUAAGAAAGCCAAAGAGCGGGAGAAGUCAUCUUUGGACAAAAGAAAGCAUGACUCUGAGUGGAAGUCAAAACCAGCUAAAUCAACACACCCAAAGUCAAAGGAGCAUGAUGAAGCUCACCACCGGUCUAAAAAUGACAGGCCUGCACGACCACCACCACCUACAAACACAGAGGCCGAGGGUCUGGAUUAUACUCAUUUUACAAACCAGCAUAAUUCUACACGCCAUUUCUCAAAAUCGGAUUCCUCUCAUAAAGGUUUCCAUUACAAGCAGUAAAAAAAUUAAAAAACCUAGGAAUCUGCCUUGAAAAUGGACUCACUGUAGCAAAUAUUACUGGAUAAUACAGAAUUCAUCCCACAUUUAUUAUUUUCUGCCUGUUUGCAUUCCUGGGAUUUUUUUCUCAAGUGUUUUUCUGACUAUAAAUGAUUUCAAUUCAUUUCAAAUAUUUUGGUUAUUUUCCAUCACUUGGGCAGUAUAAGAAAAUGCAGCUUCUGAAUAUUAGCCACCUUUGUGCUGGAUAUACUUCCUGAGAUAUAGUAUUUAAGGGAAUUAUAAGAUGCCAUUUUAUUUGGUAUGUAUGGAGUAUUGGUUAUCUAGGGAUGAAGCUUUAGUUAGCAGUUAGAAUUAUAUGGAGAUAAAUAAUCAGAGUGAAAAAUGACAUUUGGAUGCAAUGCAAAAUACGAGUAUAAGAAGCAGCUUUUUGGUGCAUUAGUGUGUGAUGUUUUUGAAGGAUAGGGCCUUUGCUUUUUAUUUUCUUUGGGAAAAUAAAAAAGUCAUAAUUACGAAGUAUUUAAAAUAGAGACAUCUGGAGAAUUUGAAAAAUGUUAUUCUGAAUACAUGGACCAUAGAGGUUUUUUGUACCCUUUUAGGCCCUCUUGGGAAAACUGGCCUAGACACCAUUUUUAAACACUGUGCGGAUGUUUUCUUAGUAGCAAGGCUUUCUGAGGCCCCUGGGCAGUGGACCCUUUAUUUACAAAAACUUAAUUCUCUGAAACUUUAACUUGGUUUGUGCAGUCAGCUUUUCAUAAGUGAAAACCUUUAUAUCCCGUCCUUGUUUUAAGUUCACUUGUAGAGCCAAGGGAAAUUAAAUUGGAAGUUGAUUGCAUAAGUGAUGUCAAUAUUUCUGGCUGUAGAUCAAAGGUUCUCUUUCUUCUUUAAAAGACAGCAGUAUUUGUUGGCAAUGUCUCAGUAACGUUUUGUGCACCUGUCAAUAAUUAAAUUAAUUCAACAUGAUGUUGAAUUUGAUAGUGUUUUUUUAAAUCCAAGAGUUUGACUCUUCAUAUUUAUAAAGGGUCAUUAGUGGGCCUUGUAUUACUUUGUAGAAGAUCUUUAGGUCCCUCUUCAAGAUAUUCAGUGUCUUUGUCUAGUAACUGAUUCAUAAAAUAUGUUUAUUUGCCCAUAAUACUUAGUUAACAUAAGUGGCAAUCAAUCUAUAUAUUUAUAUACAAUAAUUUCCAUUACUUGACUUGCUCUUCUUUUUUAUUGUAUGUAAUCUGACAUUUUUGCAUUUCAAUAGUGUUUUCUUUAGGAAUGAAAUAUAUAGGUGACUAAAGAAAAAGUUGUUAAUCACCCUACUGGGAACUACCUUCUUUUUGCCUUAUCUUUUUAGAUGGUCUUUAAAGUUGGGCAGUAUCAGGAAGCUAUUUAGAGCAGAUUCUCAGUAUAUUUGAAUAUCUCAUUUUGAGAAAGAUAAUUACUUUCAUAAAGUUUUUAUAUUAUAGGAACUUGAGUAUAACGCACCUGAAAUUUAAGUUUUAGGCAUAUGGUAACCUGGAAAGAAGAAAAAAAAAACCUUAAGGGAUAUAGUCAUUUUAGAGAAAUGCAGGAAAGGGAAGAUAACAGGGUUUUGAAUAUGGUGAAGUGAAGUGAAUAUAGAAAAAUCUUCAUGUAGAGAAGGGGAGAGAAAAUGGAAGUCUAGCCUUAAGUCAAAUUCCAUAGUGGUUUCAAUAUCCAGAUUAGCCUUGUUGACUUAAAAUAAUGCUAUAUUUUUUGUUUUUCUGCCCUGUGGUUUUGCUUCGUGUUUAAAAUAUUUUAAUGGUAACUUUAAAGAAAAACAGCAAUUGUAUUUUUAUUUGAUAUCAACUUAGGCAAAUGGGCAACAUCAUUUGCCAUAUUUUAAUUUUAUAAAUGUUUAUUUUUCUAUCUCAUACAAUGAUCAAUUUCGCUUUAAAAAUUCUACAUUUCUUCUGUUUCUCAUGUAUGUCAUUCAUUCAUAUUUAUUAUUGUAAAAUGUUAACUGAACGUACUUUAGUCAAAAAAAUGUUAGACCAUUUAACACUUAACCAGAAUGCUGUUUGUUUUAGCUAUCUUAGUGAGCAAAGGUGAUAUAGCCCUUGUGACAAGCCAAUUCAUCAGUAUUGAAAAUUUGUUACUUUGUUUUUUAGGUUUUUUAAAGAUUAGUCUUUGAAAUAUUUUGUCUUUAUUUUAUUUUUUUGUAAAGCAAACAAUUUUUAAGAGUUUCUGUAAUUAUUUACCAGUGAAUAAGGAGAUAGAAAUCUAAUUCUCCCAAUUAUAUCCUCAUUCUUUCUCAUUCAAAUAAUGUAAUGAUUAUCUUUGAGAUUAUAGAGGCAAUUAACAACUGUCUGUUAAUGAACUGCCAGACAUUCAUCACUGUGUUCUCUUUUUACGUUGUCACUUUUACAUAAAUGUGUAAGCAUUUUACACUUUUUUUUAUGUUCCUGCCACUGGAACACAUGCAAUUUAAUUUUUAGGCCCCAAUGUAUUACGUUUUAAUGUUGUGAUGUAAAUGAAUACUUCCAAUCUUGGGAAAACCUUUGUUUCUAGAUUUCUGUUCUCUGGAAGCCAGAUCCCAUUAACCCCAAUAUUGCUGAAUGAGUACAAUAUGUGUGGAGCCUUAUCUUUCACUCUCAUUCCCUACCUUUUUGUAAAUUGUUACCUGGUAGAGGGGUUAGAUAAUGGUCACAUUAAAUGCUCUGACUUAAAAAAGAAAAAAAAAUUGACUCCAGUGUCCAAGCCAUUGUUAGACAUAAUUAUUUUAUUGGGAGGCUAGAUAGUUGUUUUACCUGCUGUAAAAGAACAUUGAGAUUUUUAGAAAGUGAUUUUUACAUACUGCUGAAUUACUAUUUCUUAAAUAACUUCAAAAUACCUGGUGGCAUACUAAUUGAACUGCAACUCCCCACAGCUAAAUAUAUAUAUUUUGAUUAUAGACAAACAUCUAAAUUAGAAAAGAAAGAUAUGUAUAAGUGCUUCCAGGAGUAAAAUCUUUUCAGAAUGGUAUGAAUGGUAUGAGCUCCUUGGGUCUAGUUCAACAUAUGCUAAAAUUCAUGACCUUGGGCCUUAUAUUCUGUUGAACCAUUCUAGAAAAUUCUGAACCCAACCCAUUUCCCUCUUGUUUGAUGUGGCUGGAGAAAGAACUAGGUAAUGCAUUAAUUAAAAAUUAUUGACAGCUCUCCAUCCCUUUCUCUCAGAAUGUGUUAGUAUAAAAAUAAGUAUCUUUAAACUGAUAAUUAUUUUUCUUUAUCAAAUAUUUUCUAAAUUUGUCUUGUGCCAAAUCAGGAAUACCUACUAUUAUAUGGUGCAUUCAGUUUACCACAUGAGUGGUUAACAUUUUAAGGCCUUGAUUUUUGUUUAAUUUGUUGCCUUUAAUGUAGUAGUUACUUUGGGAAAUAUCAAGAAGAUUGAUUACUCAGUGAUGAUUGUUUUGGAACAUAAUUAUGAUUAUUGGUUAAGAUUUAGAGCCUAAUAAAGGAGUGAGACUCCUCUUAUAAAUAGCUAGAAGGACUGAGAACAGAAUAAAGUGAAGUCAAAGGCUUUUUCCCUUUUGAGGGGGAUAGCAUUUGUGUAAGGAGUAUUAACAUUGAAAGAGUACACUGUUCAUGUAGAUUUCACUGUAUAUAGUGUGCCAUAUUCUGAUAGUAUAGGAUUUUUAGAAGUAUUCAUAAAAAAUCAAAUCUUUCAGAAAAAAAAUGAAAAGAUUUUUAAAGUACAUACUGCGUCCCUUACUUACUGCUCAUAGUCAGAGAAGUGACUCUAAAACAGUCCCAUUUUCUCUCAUAUCUGUUGGUGCCUGUGUGUCUUAAAGCCAUACUUGCUUUUCUUACUGUUGAUAGAGUACAUUUUCCUUCUUCACCCAUGGUAGGUAAUAUGGGCAGAGAAGGAAACUAUAGACUGUCCUAUUAAUGCUGCAUGGCGUACAAUGUCAUCCAAAUUCUUGGUGGAAGAAUCUUUUUUUAUCCAUGAUGAUAUGUAACACUAUUAAAGGGAUGAACCCAGAGGCUGUUGUUGCCCUUAGCAUAUAACAAGUGUCAUCAGAAAUGGCUAAAAUUUAUUCUAGAAAAGUUAAGAAGGUAGGAGUAAAUUGGUAAAAUUUUAACACUACAGAGUCGCUUUUCUGAUGUAUCCUGCACUUCAUGUCAGCAAUGUCUAUGAGGAGCAGUAUUGCCUUAAAUUAGUUUGACUCUGACUAAGCUUAAUGUACUUCUAUAUGUGAUUAGUGGUCAACUGUUAAUUGAGAUACAAAAUUCAUAGUUGAUCUCUAAGCAUCCUUGUCAUUGAGACUUUGGACCCUCUUUCCCACUGUGCUGUGGCUGACAUGACACUGAAUUCAGUCCACUAAAAUAGCAGAGACAUGACCAAAAACAUAAAAGGAGGGAGAGAUUCCUGACCAGAUCCUUCAAACCUGAUAAUCACUUUCUGAAUAAUUGAGAGUUUACUGUCCUCCUAUUUGAUGGUAACUGUGUAGAAGAUAUUUCCAAAAGUUCUGUUGUGCUAUGAAGACAUUCAGGUUGUGUGUAAGAAUUUUACCAUUACUUUUGUGUACUGAAAUGCUUACCAUAAACACCAACCCCCCCCAAAAAAAAAAAACAAUAAACAAAAAACAGAGUAGACAUUUACUAGAAAUGGAGAUUUUCUAAUCUGAAGAAAAUUAUCCAGGAGACCUUUCCUAUGAUAAGAAUUAUGAGAAUUGACAAUGGAGUGGUUUCUACAGUUUCUACUUGAUACCAUAAACUAACACAAUCAUGUAAGUAAUCAUGUUAACUUGUGGAAAUAUCUAGCCUAAAAGCCAUUCUUUUUCCCAUAUGAAUACUUCCUACUAACAUAUUCCUGAUAGAAUUAAUAUGCUUUUGUGUAUUCUCAGCAAAGUAGAAAAUAAUUUUUCUCUCUUUAAAUAACUUUUCAUAGCAUAGUGAUUUCAGCUUUCAGAUCAGAGCAGGAUUAAUUGUGCAACUUAGCGCCUGCCAGGGUCCUGCCCCAGUGGGGUCCAGGGGGUCCUGAAGGAUGAGUGGCAUCUGCGCAAGGGAUGAGACAAGGAGUCCUUUCAUUGGAGCAAUCUCCAGAGAGAGAGCUGUCAGCUGCUUUCUCUCUAUCUCCUUUUAUUCUAAUUUUUUCUUAUCAUUAUGGGUACAGAAUUAUUAAUAAAAUGCAUCAAUUUACAAUUCCCAGGAUUUGACAUUUCCUUAUUUAACAGAAGCCAAACUACAUAACCAGACUCUCUCUCCUAACCAAUCAGUAAUAAAAUACACCUGUAUUUAAGAUCCCAUCUAAAAGUCCCCUUAUAAAAAUCUUAUAAUAUAUUCUAAAAGCAUCUAAAAAUGUCUACAUUUAUUCUCAUAAAACUGAUUGAGCUGCUUUCUCAGAGAGUUUCCAUUUGCCUUAGUCAAAGUACAGCAGUUCCUUACUAAUCUUUAACUAAAGGGCAGGCUCUGUAUGUAAUUCCCCUGCCGCUAACAUUAACUAUGCUUAUCAUAAAUCCUUAUGUAAAGUAAAGGAGGGUCUAUUAGAAGGAAAAUAUAUUUUUACUAACCUUUUCUCCCCUGAAUGAAUACUAUAACCUAUCUUUAAUUAAAUAGGCUACAUAUGGUGGGCUCCAUGCGAUAGGCAUGAUAACUAUCUGCUUAGACUUGAGAGACAGAAGACAUGAACUUGGAUUCUUAGUUGAUAUAAUCAAUUGUGGUGCCUAGAGUUCCUGUAACAUUUCCCAGAAUGAUUGUUUAUAUUUUUCUGUUUUGUCCUCAAUGUCCUGAGAGAUAGUAAAACAGCCUUUAAGUCAAGAACCACCUGCUAUAUUCUUGACCAUCUAGAAUUUAAAGUAUACGAAUGUCUUCUGUCAGGUUGAAUAUAAAAUAAACAGUCCCAAUUACAUAAAAAAGGGUCUCAUGGUUUUGGCUUCCCACAAGUGUGACCUUGCCAAACACUUGUCCUCCUCACUGUGACCUUGUCAAGAUGGUGGGAGAUGGAACACCUUCACCAAGUGCCUAUUAUUCCUUGCUGAGGUUCAAAUAUUAAAAAUAAAAGAAUUGAAAGACAGGGUUUGAGUAAUAUUUCUUAAAAAAAAAAAAAAGCAGGCGGGGAUUGAGAACAGUGAUGAGAUGAUAGUUGAGAGACUAUGCUAUGAUAGGCCACAUUUUUGUUGCAGUUAAUUUCAGACCAUAAUUGCUAAAAUAUUUUCUAGCUCUUAAAUUUGGUUAGAGAGUUUUAGUUAUCAGAAGUUUUGUACUUCCGAUUGAAUUGGUUUCUGAAAUUCCCAUAGGCUUUAACUUUAGCCUUUGCAGUAAACUGAAAACCAAAUGCCCUUUCUCAGAAGUAGCUAUAUUUCUCAUCUGCCUCAUCCAGACAACCAGUAUUCAUGUCAUGAAACACUGUAAAUAAUAAGAUGGUUCGGUGGGGAAAUCACAUAUAAAAAUAAUGUUCCAAAAUGAGAAUUCUCUGUAAUAUGGGGUUUCUCCUAAGAAUUCAUCCUGGCCCAAUAUAUAUUUUGAAAAGGUACUGAACUAAAAAGAACAAGAGACUGCUCAUAAAUCAGGUUGCUCAGGAAAUUUGAGGAGAUACUGUCAUUUGUCUUAUAAUUUGGAAAAGUCAUUUCUUGAGAGAGACUACAUAGUGUGAGGCACUUAAGAUUUUUUUUCAGAACCCUUUUGAUAUUCAGAGUGUGGGUAUAUUUAUGAAACAAAGUCAAUGUUAUCUCAAGUGCUCAUCAGUUGAUAGGCAAGCCUGAGGCAAAAGCAGGUUUGAAAUAGCUGUUAACAAAGCUGAACAGAGCCUUGGUAAAUAGAGUUACCUGUCUAAGGACAGAGAACAAAAGACCAACUCAAACCACAUGCCUAUCUGGAGAAACUGUGAGGGACACUUUGUGGAUGCCUUAAGGUGACCUGUGGUGGGUACUGGUGGGUAUGUAUGUGCCCACCUGAACUAGGCUGAUGGACACAGUCUAUUUCAAUUCACUUUCAUACAGCACAAAUUGUUCCUGCUCAUAACCUCACUGAGGACGUUUGAGAAACAUGGUGCUGGUUCCUUUCCUGUGUCUUGGAAGGUUGAGUUGGUCAACAUCAUCAAGGCACUCCAGUGCUCAGGCCUUCCUGGGAUACCACUUGUAUAUCUACAUUACUUCAUCUAUGCAAGCUUGUGUUUUCAUGAUUUGUAUUUUACACCUUAUGUCCCAUUUGUUUCUUCCAACAUCAGGUUUAACAUUGAUGUUAUAACUAAUUUUCAAACCAAAGUAUUGUAUAAGUAUGUGUGCUUUGUUUUCCUGGAUGGUUUGACUGAGAUAAACAACAAUCUUGUCCUUCUCUUAAUAAAGUCAUCCAUUUGUUAAAUCAGUAA